AUGGAAAAUAAUAGACUUUUAGUGGAAAAAAUUGCAAGACUUGAAGAGCAAUUAAAAUUAAAUAAAAGUGUAGUAAAUAAAGCGUCCAUAAAAGAACCAGUAAAAAAUAAUGAAAAAAACGAGAAAAUAUCCACAACAAAUUCAAAAGCCGAAGAGAAUACCAGUGUAACCGCCGCUUCCCAACAACAGGUGGCGCCACAAGAAAAGCAGAAGUCCUCAACCAGUGGGAAUAAAGAAGUCUUAAAUAAUCAAAUACAAAAUGCUACGAAAAAUAAACAAGAAACACCGCAGGAUCAAAAUUGGAGAGAAGUAAUCAAUAAGAAGAAAAAGGCGAAAAUCGAUGCAAAUACUAUAAAAGGAACGGCAACUGGAGAAAACAUUUUUGGAGCCGCAGAUGCAUUAGCGUGGUUUUAUAUAGGCAAAGUUAAUGCAAAAACAAAUUGUCAACAAAUUAUCGACCAUCUAACAACAAAAUUCCCAAACGAAAAGUUUAAUGUAGAGGAAAUUGAUAAGCAUGAACUUAAUAAAAAAGAGGUCAAUGAAAAAGUUAAGUGUUUACACUGUGGUCAAAUGUUAUCCGUAAAAAAUAAAUCUACAUAUUCUCUUAUAAGGCACAUGAACCAAAAACAUCCAUUACAACAAAUAAAAAGACAACCAGCCCCAGUAGAGACUAGUCUAUUAGGUAAUAAUUCCGUACAGCAACAAUCGGCUCCAUCAACAUCAAAAGAGCAUGUACCUUCGACAUCCUCUGCAGUAUACCCUCGCGUAGAAAAACUAUUUCCAUUUCCUGCAUUGUACAACCAAACUGUGGACGUUGUAAAAACUCGACUGGAAAGAGCGUUUGCUGUAUGUUUGACAACGGAUGGAUGGACAUCAAGAGUAAACGACAGUUUUUACAGCGUUACAGCGCACUAUAUAGUGGAAGGAGAGCACAACACAUUUUUGGAGUCGGAUUUACUUGGCUGUAUUUCCUAUACGGAUAGGCAUACAGCAGAAAAUAUUAGUAAUCAUUUGAAGGACAUUAUUAGAGAGUGGGGGUUACCUAAUAAAAUCUCUGCGGUUGUGUCCGACAAUGCGGCCAAUAUGAAAGCGGCUGUGCGUAUUGGGGGUUGGAGAUUUUGGGGAUGUUUUGCGCACUCCUUAAAUUUAGUUACUCAAACUGGUCUAAAAGACUUAAAGGACGUGGUAAUAAAAAUUAAAAACAUAGUGCAAUAUUUUAGACGAAGUAGUCAUGCAAGCGCUCAGCUAAAGGCUACGGCUGAAAGAAUAGAUAUGAUCCCUUUAAAACUAAAAAAUGAUGUGGUUACCAGGUGGAACUCCACCUAUGAUAUGAUAGAAAGAGUUUUAAAGAUGAAAAAUGCCAUCAUCUCAACUUUGGCAAUUAUUAAUACCUCUCGUAAUGAUUGA